AUGCAGAGGCUUCUACAAACCUUCCACUCACAAGAGGGGUUGUGUUCGACGCUCUUCGCUCGUCUCGGCGGUGUUCGGUUCCGCGGGCGCCUAUCGAACUCUAAGCUUCGACGAAAGGAACGAGAUAAAAAGCGCCAGCACUGGUUGGAGCGUUACUGGUUCCCCAAACAAAGAGCCGCCGCUGCAGCGGCCGCACGCGAAAAGAAGCUGCCCCGGUAUCUCGCGAGUUUCGGAACUGAGAACGGCCCUAGUACAAUCAGAGAGCCUAAUUUGCCACCUCUGCAAAGCUACGCUUCCCUAUAUUACCGACUAUGGACUUGUCGCAACCCAGGUGAAGCUAGGACGCAUCUAAUGACGGCGACGGCUUCGGAGGCGUCUGACUCGGCGCGUGAACCGACAGGCAACGCUUCGACAGCGGACGCAGUGAACAAACGACCUGAACAGUGUACAGCGACCCUGCUGGAUGUAUCUGCAGUGGAAUCAAGGCUUGAAGAAGCCCGCGAGGCACUGCGCCUCUUCAUUGCGUCGGCGCAGCAGCGUGCCGCAGGGCCUUCGUUGAACAAAGCGCUCCACCUGGGUCGAUGCCUUUUGCGCGUGCAGCGUGUCCUGAACAACGAUGUGAACAACGGGCGACGUGUGGAAGCUUUCUUGCAUGAACUCGGCAUGGGAAGUGUCGUUUCGAUGCUCCCUCAGACAUGUGCUUCGAGCGCUGCCCGAAAACACUUGGAUCCUGGAGAUCGAGUGGUCUCCAGCGGCACCGCGAACACCACGCACUUGACCAACGGGCAGUUUCCAGGAAAAAACAGUCCAGGAAACGCGAAUAGUUUACGAAUUGAUACAGAGCCGUACGCGCAGGCUGCGGUAUCGGACUCGAUGGACGCACGAACCCUGCGCCGAGCAGUCUCUAUAGCCAUCUUGCGCAGUUUCAGUGCUCCUCGAAGCGUAGAUGAUUACAGCGCAUCAGUGAUCUGGAAAGAGGACUCCUGGGCAUCCCACGUGGCAUUCUUACGGAAACCAAGCGUUCAGCAAGCUGAGAGCCUCAUCCGACCCGACCUGAACAGCCUCGGUGCAUACACCAUCAUCAUGUCGAGCUUGCUGCGAGCCGGCUGCGAUCAGGCAGUCCUUGUAGUUUUCGAUUUACUCACCAGACGCAAAGGAGAGACGUUGGACAUCAUUGUGUACAAUAUUGCAGCCCAAGCGAUGGCGCGCCUAGGUCAAGUGGAGCGCGUGCUCGAGCUCAUCACCACGAUGAUGCGCGCGCCGGCAACGCGCAUUGCCACCGCGAGCGCUGCACCACGCUGCGAGCCAGACUGGAUCACCUGGCGCUCCGCAAUCGAAGCGUGCCUGCGACGGCGGGACGUACACGCUGCCUGGACGAUGUAUACCCAAGCGACGACAUACAUGCGUCAACGAGCGCCACCAGAGCAGUCUGCGAUGCAUGACGCCCAGGUCGGGCUCGCACCGCUAUCCGUUCAACGUGUGGUGGCGGCCGCGUUAUCCAGCGCAGGUCAGAUCGCGCCCCUGCUGCAGAUGCUGCACGCAUGGCAGCAGACAGCACACACGGAUCCCGCGGACACGUGUGCAUCGCGCACGGAUCCGCAGGACGCGGGAAACGCUUCGAUGAAGCCGACACGCGAGCACUGGUGCACGCAGCUGGCGAUGUACGCGCUGCAGGCGAUCCGACAGGCGGCGCUGCGUGUUCACCGGCAGCGCGCAGCGGAUGUGACGGCUGCCUCAGCAGGCAGCUGCCGCGAGGCCAACACAGUGAUGCAAGAAUGGUCUGCUGUCGUGGAUUCAUUACAGCAGGCGUACGUGACUCGGAAUGAGGAGCAUCCUGGGGGAAGCGUGCACGGGCGCGAGGCAGAAAGAACCGCUGCGUCCGGGCCGGUCCCUGAAAUUCCGAUAUCGCCCGACGCCUUGCCGCCGGUGGAGUACGUGAUCCAGGCGCGAUGUGCGCUCCGCCAGGCAGGCAUCGUCUGGGAUUUCGUCCAGGAGUACAGGAUAUGCGAUCGUACUGAUGAUGGUGGCGAAUAUGCAGAGACCGAGCGAUCACUCCACGAAUCGACGGUGUUGGCGAUCCUGGAGAUGGCCGCGGCACAGGCGGAUGUGGCUCGUGCGCGACAGCUUUAUGCACAUCUCGAACGCCGCCGUGUUGGAUUAGGAACCCGUGCAGCUGCUGUUGUAUAUCUGGCGAACGCUCUGGUGAAAGACGGAAACUGGCAGGAGGCCUGGUCUAUGGUCCAGUCCCUCAGUGGCUUCGACCCGGUCAGACGUGCGCGGGAUAGGCACUGCCUCCGAGGCAUCCUGGACGCCUGCGGGGACGCUACCGUUCGUCAAGAAAUACUGGAAUCGCUAGGGCUUGGUGCUCGCGAUGUUGACACGGUUGCCGGUGCGCAAAUACGUUUAUAA